UCUUGGACAAUUGCAAAAUUUAGUUUCUCUUUCCCUUGAACAUAAUAAACUAGAAGGAUCUAUUCCAAAGCAAAUAAGUCAAAUUGUUUCUUUGGAAUCCCUAGAUUUAUCUCUAAACAAACUCUCUGGUUCAAUUCCAGUAUCUUUAGAAAGACUUGCAUACCUCAAAUACUUCAAUGUAUCAUUCAAUGAUUUGAGUGGUGAAAUUCCAUCAGCUGGUUGUUUCAAAAACUUCUCAAGGGAAUCAUUCAUGUAUAAUAAGGAGUUAUGUGGAAAUCUCAGGUUUCACGUGCCACCAUGCCAUUCUACCCACCAUUCCAGGAUUAAAAUAAGGGUUCUUAUUGCUCUUACAUUCCUUGGAGCUUCAUUGAUAAUUACUUUUGUAAUUAUUGCAUUUGUCCUUACAAACCGACAAAGGAAACUUCAUGUCCCAAGUAUGACGGAUAUUGGCUUUCCAUGGGAUAAAUUAAGGAUUUCUUAUGAUGAGCUUUCAAGAGCUACAUCUUGCUUUAGCCAAAACAAUCUCAUUGGUUCAGGAAGUUUUGGCUCUGUGUAUAAAGGGACUUUGGAUGACGGGAUGCUUAUAGCAGUGAAGGUAUUUAAUCAAUUAGAAGAUGCACUUGAGAGUUUUAAUGUUGAGAUUGAAGUGCUAAAGAAUUUACGCCAUCGAAAUCUCACUAAGGUAAUUACUGGAUGUUUUGCCUAUGACUUUAAGGCGUUGGUCCUUGAGUACAUGCCAAAUGGAAGCCUUGACCAGUGGCUACAUUCACAAAGAAACUUCUUGGAUAUGGUGCAAAGGUUGAAUAUAAUGAUUGAUGUUGCAUGUGGCUUGGACUAUCUUCAUAAUGGUUACACAAUGCCGGUGGUUCAUUGUGAUUUAAAGCCUGCAAAUGUGCUAUUAAAUGAAGAAAUGGUAGCCCAUGUAUGUGAUUUUAGUGUGACAAAGUUGUUAACUAAGGAGGAGAGCUUCAAGCAUACCGAAACUCUAGCAACACUAGGCUAUAUGGCACCAGAGUAUGGAUCCACAGGAAUGAUAUCAACACAAUGUGACAUUUAUAGUUUUGGAAUUGUGCUAAUGGAAACAUUUUCAACAAGAAGGCCCACAGAUGAAACAUUUGGUGAAGAUAUGAGCUUGAAAAGUUGGAUAAAUGAUUCUUUACCUCAUCAUGUACUUCAAGUUGUAGAUCCCAAAUUACUAAGGACAAUUGAUAAAGACUUCAAUGCGAAAUUGCAGUGUAUAUCCUCCAUAUUAGAAUUGGCAUUGCAUUGUGCAGAGGAAUCUCCCCAAAAGCGAUUAAAUGCAGAAGAUGUUGGAACAAGACUUAAUAAAAUCAAACUUCAAUUUCUAAGCAGUGUUGGGACCUGAUAAAAUUGGAAGGAUAUAGUUAUCACCGUACGUUCCAGCAUUCUUCAAUAUAAUGAUGCUCAGAGGCAUGCUACUAAGGAUGCCUUCAUUGCUGAACUGAAUGUGGCUACGAUUAUCAAUGAACCAACGUAAAUGCAGCUACAACUUUUGAAGGAUUACUUUGAUGGUAAGGAUAUGAUUAACCCUGAUGAAGCUGUUGCUUACUGUGCAGUUGUGCAAGGUGGAAUCUUGAGUGGGGAAGGAGGUGAUGAAACCAAAGGGAGCUUAUUUGCCUUUUCAAGCCGCUUCCAACCCUCAGAGGAUCAUUUUUUAUGUAAAGAGGCUUAUUGGAAGAAAGUUUGAAGACAAAGAAGUUCAAAGGGACAUGAAACUUGUUCCUUACAAAAUUGUUGACAAUUAAGGAUGGAAAACCAUAUAUACAAGUGAAGAUGAAAGGUGGUGAAACCAAUAAAGGUUUUGAGCCCUGAGGGAAUGGUAUCAACACAAUGUGACACUUACAGUUUUGGGAUUAAUAUACUUCAAGUUGUGGAUCCCAACUUAUUGGAACUUUUACUCAACACACUGUGGACAGAUCAUAAAGCAUAAAGUUAGAGGAAGAAGUGAUGAAGGUUGCCUGCUAAGGACCCCAAACCCCGGGCGAACAAACCAAUUGGGAGGAUGUAAAUCACAGUAAUUUAAUGGCUCAGACAGGACCAAGUGUCAGUGCGUACAAGCGAUCUGCCCACUUUGACACUGCCGCUGCUAAAUUUCGAACAUUAAUUUCUUACCACAAAUAAUGCAUAUUGAACCAGUACAUGGGUGAAUCACAACACGCACAUAGUGGUCAGAGGAUCCAACAGAGGUGCAUGGCCAUGUCACAAGUAUGGUGGUGUAUCAUGGGAAUGAUCAACCAAAAUCACCUCCUAUGAUUAACCUUGAUUAUGCCUUGAUGGGAGAUCCUCGGACUUACCGAGAGUCUUUACGAAUCUACCUGAUCCUCCUGACAUAGCCAUGCACGAUGGUGACAUACAAGUUGGCCGUGUUGGCCAUGGGACAUCUGGUCCAAUGGGCUCUUGAGCGUUGUCUUGCUGUUUUUAAUUGUCAAUGGUUUGUUUUGGUUGGUAUUGCCUGGAUGCUGCGUUUUAUUUCUGACAUUACUUAGUCUCAGAAAUAUGUACUACGGGUAACCCCCUUCCAUUUGAAAUUAAAAAAAAAAAAAACAUCGUUGUUAUUU